GAGACGCGCCAGGUCAAGGCCUUCACGAGCAAGGAGCUGCGCCCGCGGCAGAAGACGGUGGAGGAGUCCAUCCGGCACGAGGGCGACCGCCGCGUUAUCCUCAUCCACGACGCAGUCGGCAACAUCGGCAAGUCCAUCUUCUCGGAGUACCUAGAGUCUUGCGUUUUGGCGUCGAAGAACAAGCGCGCGUUCCUCGUCGAUCUGCCGCGCGCGACGCCGCGGACGCACGCGGGCGAAUUCCCCUCGGGUCUGGGGGGCGUGGCGAAUGGGCUGGCGCACGACAAGCGGUACCCCUUCAAGAUGGUCCGCUUCGACAAGCUGCAGACC